AUGAAGGCUCCGAGGAGGAUCAUUCAUCGUGCGCGAUUCGACCCUGCCAGUAUUGCCAUCCUCCAACGUCUGAACCAAGUCCUCGAGAGCGUUGGAGAUAUUCCAGGUAUAAUCAAGGCCAAUGUUGAGACAGCCUUGAAAAAUACCGCAAGCCCGGCUUCGCGUGUCGUGGCAGGUGUUGACUCGUUCUCGGAUAGCCAGGGAUUGAGCUCUGACGAUCUCACCGCCCCCACUGUGAUAUUAAGCGUCGAGUCUGUUCUUGAAUGGCCUAUUCUGGCGGGCAUCGUGGAUCCAAGCCAUAUUCUCGAAGCUCUAUCGGAUACAAAAGCUGGUCGUGGCCAUGCUUCUUCUCUGACCUGCGGAACAGACAGUUCUCCGGACUUCAAUACGGGACUGACACCUAUCGCAGUUGAUGAGAAAGGAAUACCAAGGCUCGUGUGCCAAUUUCUGCAGCAUGUUCAUCCUGUGAACCCGAUUCUUGACGUUGAUGAGAUCUACUCACAUAGUUUGCGCUUUUCAGAGACCGGUAUCACAUGGGAUGGAGAGUCAUGCAUUGUGCUCAUCGCCUGUGCCCUGGGAUGCAUAGCAAAACCUUACAAUACCAUGGUGACUUCGCCAUCGGGACCAUCAGCCGCAUCCUCCAUCGAAUCACAAGGUGAAGAGUUAGAAAUGGCGAGUGCUUACUUUGAGCUUGCUAGACAAAGACUGAGCUUGUUGGAUCAAAGUCUUCUGGCAGCUCAGUGUCACUUCUUCGCCGGGGUAUACUACAUGUUCACUCUCGCUCCCCUGCGCGCCUGGUCACAGUUCGAGCAUGCUGCCAAUAUUUUCUAUAUUUACUGGACCUAUCUGUCGCGUAAAGACUCGCAGCCCGUGCACCUGAGACGACUAGCUCGAAGCCUUUACUGGAGCUGUCUCAAAUCCCAAGUCGAGCUUGGUCUCGAUCUGCAUCUUCCUCAAACUCUUCUGAAGGACCUACUUGAUGCUGGGUGUGAGCUACCUACUCCUCCUGAGAUAAAUGCGCGUCAUUCUCAACAGGCAACGGCCAUAUUUCCACCACCAGGGGAAACCCCCACUGAAGACCUUAAGGGUGUGCAGGAGGAGAGUUGGUACUAUUACCUUACUGAGAUAACGCUCAGAAGAUUCAAUAACCGUGCAUUCAACUUGCUGUAUCGCGAUGGGAGAGGCUGGAGGAACACAGAAUCUCUCAGUGUAAAAUCACUCAUUUCAGCUGUUUCACAGGUUGAGGACCAGUUAGACAACUGGGCUCAGACGAUGCCUCUUAUGGCUCAAAUAACUAUGGGUGAACUACCUACCAGCAAACUAGCUCUGCUACUCUAUGCUAGAAUUCUAGAACUCAAGUGCCUCAUUUAUCGGCCAUUUCUAUACCAUGCCGCUCAUUCCACCAUGGGUGACAGAGAGCAGGUUGAGAUUAGUCCCUUCGUUGAGAAAGGCCUUUCUUGUCACUUUGUCGCCAUUACAAUUGGAUACCUGCACUACCGAAACCACAUAACGUAUUAUCAUUUCAGGACAUCAACAGCCUCUGCUCUCUGCAUCAUGGCAAUCGUCAAGUCUAGGAAGGUGCGUGCUGUUCAUGAGAUGGACUGGCGCGGCGGUGUUAAGGGAUUGAUCAAAAAGAUUCGGUAUUGGGAGAACGAGGCUGCUAUGGCUGGGCGUUGUGCGGACGUCUUAGAAGCUGUCAUGUCGGCUGUUGAACACUCCCUCCUGUAA